AUGGCUUCCGCAUCCCGUCAGUUCGUCCGCGCGGCGACUCGCGCCUCCACCCGCAGCGCCUUCUCCGUGGCUCCCCGCCAGGCUUUCCGCCAGAACGGCCGCCGCUACUACUCCUCGGAGCCCGCCCAGAAGUCCUCUUCCCUCCUGGUCUGGCUGACUGGUGCUGCUGUCGCCGGUGGUGCUGGUUACUACUUCUACGCCAACGGCUCUCCCGCCGCUGCUUCUGCCAAGGUCGUCAACCCCACCAAGGAGGACUACCAGAAGGUCUACAAUGAGAUUGCCGCCCGCCUCGAGGAGAACGACGACUACGAUGACGGUAGCUUUGGCCCCGUCCUUCUCCGUCUCGCCUGGCACGCCAGCGGCACCUACGACAAGGUCACUGGCACUGGUGGUAGCAACGGUGCUACCAUGCGAUUCGCCCCGGAGUCUGAGCACGGUGCCAAUGCCGGCCUGAUCUCCGCGCGCAAGUUCCUCGAGCCUGUCAAGGCCAAGUUCCCUUGGAUCACCUACUCCGAUCUCUGGAUCCUCGGCGGUGUCUGCGCCAUCCAGGAAAUGCAGGGUCCCGCUAUCCCCUACCGACCUGGCCGCGCUGACGGCGAUAUCGCCGCCUGCACUCCUGAUGGUCGUCUCCCCGACGCCACCAAGUCCCACGGCCAUCUUCGAGACAUCUUCUACCGCAUGGGCUUCAACGACCAGGACAUCGUUGCCCUAUCUGGUGCUCACGCUCUCGGCCGCUGCCACACCGACCGAUCUGGCUUCGACGGCCCCUGGACCUUCUCUCCCACUGUCCUGACCAACGACUACUACCGUCUCCUGGUCGAGGAGAAGUGGCAGUGGAAGAAGUGGAACGGCCCUGCUCAGUACGAGGACAAGGCCACCAAGACCCUGAUGAUGUUGCCCACUGACAUGGCUCUUGUUGAGGACAAGAAGUUCAAGCCUUGGGUUCAGAAGUACGCCAAGGACAACGACGCCUUCUUCCAGGACUUCUCCUCCGUGGUCCUCCGUCUGUUCGAGCUCGGCGUCCCCUUCGCCGCGGGAACCGAGAACUCCCGAUGGACCUUCAAGUCCAGCCACGACUCUUAG